GGGAGCGGCCCUUCCUCCUCCUCUUCCCGCCCCGGGCCGCCUCCGCGGGGCGCCCCUCAGCCUUCCGGGCGUCGGGCGGGGAGUGUGGGCGGGGGAGAGGGAAAUUCAACUGGGCCGCGCGUGUGGGGGGACAGACAAAAGGGGCGGUGGGCGGGCGGCCCCGGCGACGGCGGCGGCGGGCGCAUUGUCUGACGGCGCGCCGCCCCCCUUUUGUCCGCGCCGCCGAUCGCCGGCCCCUCCGCAGGCCCUCGGCUCGCCGCCUCCAGAUCCCGAUCCUGGUCCCGGUCCCGGUCCCGAUCCCGAUCCCGAUCCCGGUCCCGGUCGGUGCUCUCCCUAGCUCUCCUGCGUUCUCCCCGUCCAUCCCCAUGGAGAAGACCGAGUUGAUCCAGAAGGCGAAGCUGGCCGAGCAGGCCGAGCGCUACGACGACAUGGCCACCUGCAUGAAGGCCGUGACGGAGCAGGGCGCCGAGCUGACCAACGAGGAGCGCAACCUGCUGUCGGUCGCCUACAAGAACGUGGUCGGCGGCCGCAGGUCCGCCUGGAGGGUCAUCUCCAGCAUCGAGCAGAAAACCGACACCUCGGACAAGAAGUUGCAGCUGAUUAAGGACUAUCGGGAGAAAGUGGAGUCAGAGCUGAGGUCCAUCUGCACCACGGUCCUGGAAUUGUUGGAUAAGUAUUUAAUAGCCAAUGCAACUAAUCCAGAGAGUAAGGUCUUCUAUCUGAAAAUGAAGGGGGAUUAUUUCCGGUACCUUGCUGAAGUCGCAUGUGGUGAUGAUCGAAAACAAACAAUAGAUAAUUCCCAAGGAGCUUACCAGGAGGCUUUUGAUAUAAGCAAGAAAGAGAUGCAACCCACACACCCCAUCCGCUUGGGUCUGGCUCUUAAUUUUUCUGUAUUUUACUAUGAGAUCCUCAAUAACCCAGAGCUUGCCUGCACACUGGCUAAAACGGCUUUUGAUGAGGCCAUUGCAGAACUCGAUACACUGAAUGAAGACUCAUACAAAGACAGCACUCUCAUCAUGCAGUUGCUUAGAGACAACCUUACAUUAUGGACAUCAGACAGUGCAGGAGAAGAAUGUGAUGCAGCAGAAGGGGCCGAAAACUAAGUGCAUACAGGGUAUCAUCUUUCUUCCCCUCAAGAAACCUUCUUACACAUCUCCAUUCCUUACUCCAUUUGGAUUUCCUAUAGCAAAGAAACCCAUUCAUGUGUAUGGAAUCAGCUGUUUAUAGUCUUUUCACACUGCAGCUUUGGGAAAACUCCAUUCCUUGAUUUGUGUUUGUCUUGGCCUUCCUGGUGUGCAGUUACUGCUGUAGAAAAGUAUUAAUAGCUUCAUUUCAUAUAAACUUAAGCAACUCCAAACACUUACGUAGAGGACUAAAACUGUACCUGGUAUUUACGUAAUCUGAACCAGUUCUGCAAGUGACUGUUCUGCAUUACUGUGAAGAUAUGAAAAUGUAGUUAAUUACAACUUGAAAAGAGUGUGCUAUAUAAUUUCUUAAUUUCCACAUUCCCUCCCUUCCUCUUCUUUGGGAUUUCCUUUUCAGAAGCCUUUUUUCUGUGCCCUUAAGGUAUUCCUUUUUGGUAGGAAUCCAGAAGUAUUAGUUUGAGUGAAAAAACAUUUGACAUUUCUGGGUUGGGGGUGGGGGAGGGUCACAAAUUAAAAAACCUCCUGUAUCAUAUAUCAUGGAGGCCUUGUGUUAUCUGUGACAACAAGGAGUUUCCUUAUUCACUCUUCAUUGCUGCUGUUUAAGUUGACGACUUCCCUUCCCAAUAAAAAUUCACUUACACCUCCUGCCUUUGUAGUUCUGGUAUUCACUUUCCUAUGUAAUAGAAGUAGCAUGUUGCUGCCAGAAUACAAGCAUUGCUUUUGGCAAAUUAAAAUGCAUGUCAUUUCCUAAUACACUAGAAAGGAGGAAUAAAUUAAAAUACAUAGUUUAAGUCUAAAAUGUUAGUACUUUUCCAUGCAGAUUUGUGCACAUGUGAGAGGGUGUCCAGUUUGUCUAGUGAUUGUUAUUUAGAGAGUUGGACCACUAUUGUGUGUUGCUAAUCAUUGACUGUAGUCCCAAAAAAGCCUUGUGAAAAUGUUAUGCCCUAUGUAACAGCAGAGUAACAUAAAAUAAAAGUACAUUUUAUAAACCA